AUGAAGCAGGCCGGCACGCCGUGCAUUCCAGUUUUGAUCCUCCUAUUCUUCUUCAGUCCAUUCUGCAGAUCCGAUGACCGGCUGUCGUCUGCAAAGCCGCUCUCCCCCGGCGACACUAUCGUCUCCAAGGGCGGGGACUUCGCGCUCGGCUUCUUCUCCCCGGACAACUCCAACGCGAGCCUGUACCUUGGCAUAUGGUACCACAACAUGGCCGGCCGCACCGUCGUAUGGACCGCCAACCGCGACGAUCCAAUCGCCGCCGCUUCAUCUCCAACGCUCGCCAUCACCAACAGUUCUGACCUGGUGUUGUCGGACUCCCAAGGUCACACUCCUUGGGCCGUGAAGAGCGACAUCAAGGGCAGCAUGGGAGUUACUGCGGUGCUUCUUGACACGGGGAAUUUCGUCGUCCAGUCACCAAAUGACACGUCCAUUUGGCAGAGCUUUGAUCACCCUACCGACACACUCCUCCCAGGUAGGACCAUGUUGAGCAAGAAGGGCCAUGUGGUGUGGCGCAUUAUUGCUUCUAAGGGCCUCAAUGACCUGUCAACUGGAGUCUUCUCUAUGAGCCUUGAUCCUAGCUCAGACCUUCAGUUUUUCAUUUGGAACGGGACUAGGCCCUGUCGCCGCCGCAUCUUCAACGGUGAGAUGGCGGUUGGCACACUGUACCAGAAUACUGUCUUGUAUGAAGCUAUUAUCAGGACACGGGAUGGGUUCUAUUAUGAUUUUAGAGUUUCUGGUGCCUCACAGUAUGCACAUCUUAGGCUCGACUACAUGGGUGUGUUGACUCUGAGCUUGAACAACCGCUCGUCAUGGAGAACCACCACCGCACCCCCAGCUAGCUGCAACGUCUACGCUUCAUGUGGCCCGUUCGGCUAUUGUGACUACACGGCGGCUGUCCCAACAUGUAGUUGCCUCGAUGGGUUUGAGCCCUCUGGUCCUAACUUCUCAAGCGGAUGUAGAAGAAUCGAAGAUCUGAAAUGCAGCAAGCAAAGUCAUUUCGUGACCUUACCUAGGAUGAUGCUCCCCGACAAAUUUUUACGUGUCCACAACAGAAGCUUUGGCGACUGCAUGACUGAGUGCAGCAACAAUUGCUUGUGUACAGCCUAUGCUUAUGCCAACUUUAGCACUAAUGAUGCUACGGCCGACCAGUCAAGGUGCUUGGUUUGGACAGGGGAGCUUAUCGACACAGGAAAGUUUAGCGACUAUGGCGAGAACCUGUACCUCCGGCUUGCCAACUCUCCUGUUCAAAAGCAUAGCAAAUUGGUAAAGAUUGUACUCCCAACCUUGGCAUGUGUGCUGCUACUUGCUUGCAUAGCCCUUGUCAGCAUAUGCAAAUACAAAGCAGGCAUACGGCAGAAGGGACCGACGCUAGGAUACCUUAGCUCGUCCAGUGAAAUGGGUGGUGAACAUGUGGAGUUUCCAUUUGUUAGCUUUGAAGAUAUUGCUGCUGCAACAGAUAAUUUUUCUGAAUUUAACCAAAUUGGAAGCGGAGGUUUUGGUAAAGUUUACAAGGGAAUGUUGCAAGGUGACAAAGAAGUUGCUAUCAAAAGGCUUAGUAAGGGCUCUUCCCAAGGGAUAGAGGAGUUCAAAAAUGAAAUAAUUCUGAUUGCGAAAUUGCAACACAGAAAUCUUGUUAGACUUCUUGGUUGCUGUAUUUAUGGAGAUGAGAGGUUACUCAUCUAUGAAUACUUACCUAACAAAAGCUUGGACACAUUCCUUUUUGACGAUACAAGACAAUAUGUGCUUGAUUGGUCCACACGCUUCAAAAUAAUUAAAGGGGUAGCGAGAGGACUUCUUUACCUCCACCAAGAUUCAAUAUUAACUAUAAUUCACAAAGAUCUCAAACCAAGCAACAUAUUGUUGGAUUCUGAAAUGACUCCCAAAAUAUCAGACUUCGGUAUGGCAAAAAUCUUUGGUGGAAACAAACAAGAGGCAAACACUACCCAGGUAGUUGGGACAUAUGGUUACAUGUCACCUGAAUAUGUGAUGGGAGGUGCCUUUUCUGUAAAAUCGGACACCUAUAGCUUCGGUGUUCUUCUCUUGGAGAUUGUAAGUGGCUUGAAGAUCACCUCGCCGCAACUCGUAAUGAAUUUUGUCAGCCUUACAGCUUACGCAUGGAGACUGUGGGAAGAUGAAAAAGCAACAGAACUAGUGCACUCUUCGGUUAUUGAGAGUUGUUCACUUGAUGAAGUUCUACGGUGUAUCCAUGUCGGGCUCCUGUGCGUUCAAGACUGUCCGAAUGAUAGGCCACUCAUGGCAUCAGUUACUUUUAUGUUGGAGAAUGAAAGUGCAUUGCUCCCGGCACCAAAGCAGCCUGCAUAUUUUGCUGUACGAAGCUUUGAACCUGGAAAGACAAGGGAAAACAUGGAAAAUACUAUGAAUGUAGUGAGUAUCACAACACUUGAGGGGCGUUAG